CGAGCUGCUACUGUGAGUAGUAGGUGUCUAGAUGAGGAGAAAUGAGAAUCCCAGGAUGGGGUGUUUUUUUUAGUGUUUAUUUAUUAUUUUUUUUAAUUUCGUUUUCGCGAUCCCUUUUUUGAAGGACUCAUAUGGUGAUUUUUUAAAUCGAAUGUUUGUAAUUAAUUUGUGGACUUUUAACAGUGAACAAAGUUGCUCAGCUGGUUUUAAUGCUUUUAAAAAGGGAGUAAUUACUUAUUCAGCUGAGAAACCGGAUUGCUGUUGAUGCUGCUGCACGAUAAUCUAAACAUUAUCAACAAAUAUGGCAAACUAAGCAGAAUUUGACGCAAAUUAAGUCGCAGUCGAUCACCAUUAUUUUAAUAAAGUGGAUUACUUAAGCUGCUGUGUUGUGAUUCUACGAUGUUCCUUCCUCAUUUCUUGAUAGUUUGCAGCCUUUUAUAUGAAUCACUGGCGCUACUUGAGGGACCCAAUGUGUGUACGCGACAGGAAACGUACACUGUUAAAGUCCGAGUGUCAGAAGAACAGCCCUACCAAGUGAGAGAAUUCGUUUGGUGCCUUAACUUCCCACCAAGAUGCUCCAAAUACAAAAUCAAGUUCAGAACAGUUUACAAGGAUCAGAAUUUAGUAAAAACGCGACCCGUAGAGGAGUGUUGCAAGGGCUACGCCAAAAACGCAGCUGAAAAUCAAUGCAUUCCGGUUUGUUCUGAUGAAUGCCUACACGGUAGCUGUAUAGCCCCUGAGACAUGCCAGUGUGAAGCUGGGUAUGGUGGACCAAACUGUGAUAUCACAUGCCCAAAAGGUCUUUGGGGUCGCGAAUGCCAGCACAAAUGCGAAUGCCAAAAUAACUCGACCUGCGAUCCAUAUAGUGGCGCUUGCGCAUGCACUGCGGGUUGGGUAGGCGAUCACUGUCAAAAAAGAUGCCCGGAAGGUAGCUUCGGACAAGAUUGCUUAGAAGAAUGCCAGUGUGAGAAUGGAGAUUGCGACAAUGUAUCUGGUAAAUGUAAAUGUCAUCCGGGAUACACAGGUCCAUUGUGCGAUACGGUGUGCCCGAUCGGAACACACGGAGACUACUGCAAAUCAAAAUGCCCUUGUCAAAAUGGUGGUACCUGUGACUCGGUGACAGGAAAUUGCUUUUGUAAAGAUGGUUGGACUGGGCUAGUGUGUGCUAACAGGUGUCCAUUUGGAUUUUACGGUGCAAGUUGUAGUCGAAAAUGUGAUUGUUUUAAUGGUGCUUCAUGCCAUCACGUUAAUGGUACUUGCGACUGUCAGCCUGGAUUUACUGGAACAAGGUGUUUGGAUGUUUGCCCGGGGGAGAAAUGGGGCAAGGAUUGUAAGCAAAAUUGUACGUGCCAAAAUGGUGGUAAAUGCUCAAACAAAGAUGGCUCUUGCACUUGUACGGUCGGUUGGAUUGGUAAAUUUUGCAACGAAAGAUCAUGUCCUGAUGAUUUGUGGGGAGAGCAUUGUUCAAAAUCUUGUUCUUGUACUUUGGAGAACACUGAAGUAUGUCACGCUACUACAGGAGAAUGCUUCUGCAAACCAGGAUGGAACAGUCAGGAUUGUUCCAGACCCUGCCCGAUUUUAACCUUUGGCAAAGGAUGUGCGGGCAAUUGCAAAUGCAAAAAUAACGCACAAUGUUCCCCUGUUAACGGCACCUGCUUGUGCGGCCCAGGAUUUACGGGAAAAGAAUGUGAACAACCCUGUCCAGUGGGCUCUUGGGGAGAGGAUUGUGCUCAUAAAUGCGAUUGUAAGAAUGGGGCUACUUGUUCGGCAGAAACAGGGCAGUGUCAAUGCCAACCUGGCUGGGAGGGCCAACAAUGUGACAGACCUUGCAGUAAUAAUCAUUUUGGUUUGCAAUGCAAGGACAAGUGUGAUUGCAAGAAUGGGGCAUCUUGCAAUCCAAUAAAUGGAACUUGCACAUGCGCAGCAGGCUUUACUGGCCCAUUCUGCGAUAAUAAUUGCCACACGGGAUACUAUGGCAUUAACUGUGAGUUGGUUUGUCAAUGCGACUCUGAGAAUAGUGACGGAUGCGACCCGGUUACUGGCAAAUGUAUAUGUAAACCAGAGUGGCAAGGCGUUAAAUGUGAAACAAAUUGCCCCAAAGGCAAAUUCGGCCCCAACUGUGAUCAAAAUUGCAACUGUAAAAAUAAUAGCUCCUGUGAUCCUCAAACGGGACAGUGUAUCUGCUCUAGAGGAUGGCAAGGAAACGAUUGUUCAAAACCUUGUGAAAAAGGUUGGUAUGGAAUUGGAUGUAGGCAACAAUGCCCUGAAACAGCAACUGACAACAGAACUUGCGAUCAUAUAACUGGAGAAUAUAUCUGUUCUCCUGGAUACACUGGGCCUAUGUGCGACAGACCUUGUCAAGUCCAAUAUUACGGUAAAAAUUGUGAACACAAAUGCAAUUGUAAGAAUGGGGGCGAUUGCCAUCAUGUCUCUGGUGAGUGUCAGUGUCUGCCUGGUUGGAUUGGACCAACAUGCGCAUUACCUUGUACACCGGGUCGAUUUGGAAUCAGUUGCAGUCAGCAUUGCAAAUGCUUGAAUGACGGAGAAUGUAGAAGAAAUGAUGGUGUUUGUAGGUGCAAACCAGGAUGGACUGGAACCCAGUGUAGCGAAAUUUGCCCAGAAGGCUACUAUGGUGAUCAUUGCAUGAAGCCCUGCGAAUGCAAAAAUGACAACUUCUUUUGCCAACCGGCAGUUGGUUGCGUUUGUAAACACGGAUUCACCGGUGAAGAUUGUAUGGAAUCAAAUUUGCUACGCCUACAAAAUAGAGAGGAGAGUGGCAACACUGGAAUCAUCGUUGGCGUCAUUAUGGUCAGUGCUGUUUUUAUUGCGAUUGUAGUGCUGGUCAUUUUCUAUUAUAAACGGAGAGUUUCGAAUCUUAAAACUGAAAUUGCUCAUGUUCAGUAUAUUGCGGAUCCAUCUGGAUUUUCACCAGAUCGUAAUCAUUUCGACAAUCCUGUAUAUACGUUCCAAGGCCCAAUCAAACGUGACAACGAAACUUUGCUCAACAAUGUCGCACCGCGGAUAAUCAAUAAUCUACACAAACCUACCAAUACGAUUAUGGAACGUGCCAGACUGGGUGGUAUGGCCAGUUGCUCGACCGAUGAUGAUGAAUUCGCUCCUAAAGGAGCCUAUGGUACCAAUAUAGAUGAGCUGAGGCGGCUGAAAAAUAGAGAUGCAGACGCUACGAAUCCUAAUAUUUAUCAUAGCAUUGAUAAAUUAGAUCAUGUCUAUGAUGAAAUCAAACAGAAAGAAGUUAAGGAUAUUGAAACCGAAUAUGAUCAUCUAGACUACACUAGACCAGUCAGCACAUUGAAACCUCACUAUCAAAGAAUGCCAUCACCGUUUGGCUCCAGAGAUCUAGUAAAAGAAAGCAAAUCUGAUACUGAAGAAUAAAUUAGGUACUUGAAUGUCUAAUAGGAGUAAGAAAUGAUUAUUGGCCUAACUUCUGGUCAUUAUAUUAUUUCGAAGUUUCACUUUUUAUCGUUGGAAGCAUAAUUAGAAGGUGAAUUAAAUUCUCUUAAAUGCAUAUGGAAAUUAAUAACGACAGAAAUCGCUGAUUUUACUACAAAUUUACACAAAACUUUAUAUACAUAUCAAAAUGUGGUUGCUAUUCUUUCUAUGCUUCUAUUAGUAUUGUUUUAUAGAGAAUGAUAUUCAUUUUUCACAAAAUAUGACAAUAUAUUGAAACUUUUAGCAUCCAUUUUUAAACAAUACCUAUAUUCUAUAUACAUAUUAAGGUUUUGUGCAUGUGAAUUACAUUUUAAGUGCAAUUUUAAAUUUUAAAAAUCAUAUUGGUAAAUACAUGUUUGAAACAUGUAUUUUUUUAAAAUUUAUUGAUUUUAAUUAUAUAAUUUUUUGUAAAUAGCAUUUUUAAAAGCCGUUAUUAUCGGAGUAUUAUAAACAUACAUAAAAUAUUGUAUCAAUCUAAUUGUGCCAACUAUUUUUACGUGUAUUGUGUGUAUAUAUAUGAUGAAAAAUAUCUAUUUUACAUUCCCCCUUUUAAAAUAUCUUUCUACUAUUUUUGAUAAAAAUUAAAAUUAUAAUCGUAGAUGAGAUGCCAAAUUCUAGAACAAAAGUAUUAAUUAUCGAAUAAAGACAUGUUUUGUCAAUCUGUGAUUCUUUUAUAUCUUUGGCUUUUUUAAUUGGCAACUUUUUGAGAAAAAACUUUAUGACAUUUACAUUAAACAUAUCCAAAAUUAGGCAUAAACUAUUUCCUGCUUCAAGCAGCUAUUAUUAACUUCCUAAAUAUCAGUGCAAUCGACUUUAUUAAUGAGAAUGCCCCAAAAAUUACUAUGUAUUUUUAGGGCAUUUUUAGAACAAAAAUUGCUCAUAUUUUAUAAAAUCUUGACAAGCUUUCUAUACAGUGCAGUUUGAUAGAUAGCUAGAAAUACCCUUUUUCAACAAUACAAAGUCUGAAUCACAAAUUUUAAUUAUUAUUAUUUUAAAGCAAAUAAAUGAACGAAAAUAAGCUAAAAAUAAACUUGUUUUAUGUAAAGUUUUAUACAACAAAAUAAGUGAUGAGAAACGCACUGUAACCUUUUUCAUGUUCAAUCUAAUAACACUUUUUAAAAACCAUUUAGCACUAAAAUCCAAUAUAGAACACAAACGAUUAAAUUUAAAACACUAUUGAAAAGAGAUAUUUAAUGUAUGUAAAAAAACAUAUACCUGCAUAAUUUUAAGGUCUAUAAUUUAUAUUAUUAUAUUUAAUUCGUCUAGUUUAUCUGGUGUAUUGCAUAGCAAUAAUUUAAUUUAGCAUAUCAAAACAAUUUAUAUCAUAUUUAAAUAAAAUUAAUUAUAUAGUA